AUGAGUGAUGCAAAAGAGAAUGAGGAAGCAGGGCAGAAUGUACCCUUGGCUGUGAAAGAAACUCAGCAGUUGGUUGCACAGGUUCAACAAGAAGUUUUGGCUGCUCCUUUGUCCAUACCGGAUACUUCAAACCAUGCUGAAAAUGGGAAGGUAGAGGCAGAGGCACCUGUGGAGGAUAAAAUUGUGAAACCAGAAGCCAAUUCAGAGAGCAUUCCGCAACAAGAUGUCCUAAAUAGUGAAAGUACUUUAAACUCGGUCCCUGUAAUUGAAGAUGCUCCAGUUUUAAAUAAAACCGAAGGUGAAAAUGCAUCAGAUGUGAAGAGAAAAGUAGAACUACUUCCUGAGUGUUAUAAGGACAUAGAGAAAGAUACUAAUGUUUGUCAAAGCAAUGCUGAUACUGCUGAAAUGAUUGUGGAGGUGAAGCCCAAAGCAUUUGAAGCGGGUGAAAGUAAAACUUGCGAAAAUGGAGACUCCAACUCUGCACACCCUAUAUACAAUGAGCCUAACACAGCAAAUGCUGUUCAUACUGAUAUAAGAUCUGAAAUCAAGAGUGGAUUAGACGAUGAGAAUAAGUAUAAUGAAAAACAGGCUGCUGUUGCACAUGCAGAUAAUGGAAAUUUGAUCUCACAGAACUUGUAUUUUUUGGAUCCUGACUAUUCAUAUGAUGGUAAUGAGUCGGGAACAGAAGAGGAGCAGUCAGCUUUUAUGAAGGAGCUUGAAACUUUCUUUAGGGAGAGGAGCAUGGAAUUCAAACCACCCAAGUUCUAUAAAGAGGGGCUUAAUUGCCUUAAGCUAUGGAGAUCUGUAAACAGAUUGGGCGGCUAUGAUAAGGUCACCUCGUGUAAAUUGUGGCGGCAAGUGGGAGAGUCUUUCAAACCUCCAAAGACAUGUACCACAGUUUCAUGGACUUUUCGGGUUUUUUAUGAGAAGGUGAUUCUUGAUUAA